AUGGCUGUCAAAGAGGAUUCGCCAUCCGGGGUCGCGCCCAAUAUCGAGCAGUCGGAAAAGAAUCCAGGCGGCGCACAAGAACCCUAUUUGGUCAACACUGGAAAUGCCCUGACAUUCUGCCUCAUGAUUGUUUCGUGUUGGCUCACAUCUUCGCUUGUCAAGUUCAUCGGCAUCAAAGGCGCUCUUGUCAUUGGCACCGUUGGGUUUGCGCCGUACAGCGCCGGACUCUACCUAAACAACCGUUACGGGGUUGAAUGGCUUGUCAUCCUCGGCGCAGCUUGUUGUGGUGUGUCUGCUGGCAUUUUUUGGGGUUCCGAGGCAGCAAUCGCCAUUGCCUAUCCGGAGCCUCGUAAUAGAGGGCGAAUGGUAGCCUACUGGCUGACUUGGACUCGACUUGGCCAGAUUAUGGGCGGUGCUAUCAACCUCGGUCUCAACUCCGAUCGAAGCGGAGCCGGUAAAGUGUCGUACAAGGUAUACCUCAUCUUUAUUGCGCUUCAAGCUUGUGGCCCGUUCGUUGCGUUACUACUCAACAACCCUUCCAAAGUUCAACGAAGCGAUGGCAAGCCCGUUGAACUCACCAUUUCAGACCACCCAUGGGACGAGGUCAAAGCAACUACAAGGACAUUUCUGAACCCGAAGUUCUUGCUUCUCAUCCUGUGGAUUGGCCAGGGCGUAUACUCUGAGUCCAUUUUCUUCACUUAUAUUGCCCUUUGGUUCUCCGUUCGAGCUAGAGCUCUCGGUUCACUCCUUUCUGGCAUCGUGGCUGUAAUUUCCGGUAAUCUUCUGGGCUUGUGGCUUGACCAAAACCAUAUCGCGCUGAAAAAGCGAGCCAGAUGGGCUUUCGCAGUCAUUAUGCUCACUCAGGGUGCGUGGUGGCUGUGGCUGACGGUUAAUGUUACCGAGUACCGUCGCACACAACCAAUCUUUGAUUGGAGCGACCCCGGCUUCGGAAGGGGGUUCGGUGUCUUCAUCUUCCUGGUAUCGGGCUUUCAAUUGAACUACAACUUCGCCUUCUUCAUCAUCGGCCAGAUCUCAGAUAGUCCACAGGAGACAAUUCGACUCUCGGCGCUCUUGCGCGGAACCGAGUCAGCCUGGCAAGCCCUCAGCUACGGACUGAAUGCGAUUCCAAUUUUUGCCCUAGUUGGCGGGCCGUACAUCAACUUCGGGCUUUGGGGAGCAUCAAUCGUGCCAGCGUGGCUGGUAAUUCGGCAUCUGGGCACCGAAAUUAAGAAUGGAGAUUCGGAGACAGCUUCUCAAGUAGAAGCAAUUCAUGUUGGCAAGCAAUAA